CCUCCUCCUCCUCCUCCUCCUCCUCCUCCUCUUCCUCCUCCUCCGCAGCCAUUUUGGCUCAAGCGCGCUCGGCUCGGCUGCUUUGGGGGGCCCAGCCGCGUCCGUCACCGCACCUCCUCGAUACGCAGGCCAUGAUUGCAUACACGGUGCUCCUGUCGGUCUUCCUGCAGUCGGGGGCGGAGCUCCCGCCCAGCCCCGACUCCUGCCUCAUCCAGAUCGCCUCGGCGGCGGAGGGCGCCGAGCGGCAGAGACCCCAGACCACGGCGCCCCCGACGGCGGCCCCGACGCCGUCCCCGACGGAGGCGACCGGGGUGCCCUGCCCCUGCCUGAAGGACGCCUGCUUCGAGGCCUACGACCGGGAUUCCGACCUGUGCCUCAGAGAGGAGGAUCGGGGUGUGCUGUCCAGGCGCCGCUGACGAACUGCAGCAGCCCGACCUGGGAUCUGGACGGGGACGGCUGCGUCAACCUCUCCGUCGAGUGGCCGCUCAUCUUCGACAUGACGAACGGCAGCGUCUGCCCCGUGGAGGCGAGGGCGGACGCGCCAGAAUGCGGAGAGGGGUAUUACCUCGACGGGAACCCAGUGGCCUGCAUCCAGUGCACAACGGGCGCGACGCGUCGGCGACGCUCGUUCGAGUGCUCCGCCUGCGAGUCAGGAGCUUUCGACGCCGGUGACUACGACGACUGCCGCGACGGCAGCUACCUACCGUCUGAUGUCGGCGCGGGAGACAUUAAUAUCCCAGUUACUCCGACUGACCCGCCGCUGGUGCCGGGCGACUGCAUCGACAUCUCCUCCAUGUCCGAGUCUGGCGCAUGCAACCAGUCCGUCGAGACGGUGUGCGUUGAGAGCGUGGGUCCUGGCAAUGAAGUCACCCUCACGACGCCCCUGCAGAACAACUACACCAAGUACGCAGGCGUCAUGAUCUCGUGCACGACGGUGGACGGGACGGAGCUCAGCCGCAAGCACGAUUCUAAUGGAAAUUGCGGGUGCAAGUCGGCGACCUGUGACAAGACAACGAUGUGCUCCAUCGGCCCCGACAACUGCACAGCCACUUGCAUCCCGACUGGCCCGUACCCGAUCCAUCCGACCCCGGCUCCGACCGUGGGUGCCAAGGGCGACCCGCACCUGGUCAACUUGCAGGGCGAACACUUCGACAUCAACCACGGCGGGGACUUCGUGCUGCUGCGGUUCCCGCAGGACUCCGCGAAGGACGCCGAGUUCCAGCUGUUGGCCACCGUCCAGCCAGAAUUCAAGAAGCCGUGCACCACGUACAUCACGCGGGUCGAGAUCUCCGGCUCUUGGCUGGGCAACGUGUCCGUCCAGGUGCGCUCUUACCUCCAGGCCCACCCCGGCCACGAGGGCGCACACCUGGGGGCCCGCAUCCUGAGCCCUGGGGGCAGAGCGGCACCCUGGCAGAGCAUGGAGGCCUUUCUUGCCGACGGCCACGACCUGGUGCUGUCUACGCCGCAGAGCAACUUCAACGUGUCGCUGUCCAAGAGCCAAUGGUUCCCCAAGAAGGAGAUAGUGGCAGGCGCGCCCACCGUUGCUGGGAUGUUUACGCUGAGCGUCCAGAACCGCAAUGCCCCGUCGCCCUCCAAGAUCGUAAUCCGCCAGGACUUGCCCGAGCAGGAGCACCUGAACCUGGCGGUCAAGCACGUGUCCGCGCUCGGCAGGAUAGACGUGGGCGGCCUUCUCGGCUUCGACGCGCACCCAGCGAGCCUGGAGUACGUCUCGGGCAAGUGCGAGCACCACAGGGCGACGGAGAAGUACAGCGUUGAGAGCCAGGAGGACAACGAGUACUAUUACAGGCCCGUGUGGAAGCAGCGGUGGCAGGAGAUGAAGCAAAAGCGGAAGCUCGCCUCACAGGGCGAGGGUGCGCGCGACAACGAGGCAGCUGCCACCCUCAUCGACAGCAGGGACUCGGGCUCAAGCAUGGUGUGCAAGUGCCCGACCGCGGGGGGGCCUUGGGCCGAAGGCGUCGUCAUCGAGGAGCCGGCCGCGCUAUUCGCAGAGGCGUCCUGGGACUGAGGCCGCGGGCGAUCCUGGCCAGCUGUCCCUCCGCGUUCGCUGGAAACGCCGUGUAUUGCUGCUCCGCCUCGCCACAUGUGAGGGCCUGCCAGUCGCUCGCCUCGCCCUCCUACGUACAGUGCUGCGUUCCCAGACUUCCGGGUCUUCGUGCCGUGUUCGCCGAGGCUCCACAGACGAGGGCCGCUGGGUGCUCCAAACUUUGAACAAAGGCCACCGACACAGCGGCUCCGCGAGCACUCCUCCGUCCCGGAGUGCUCUGCCGCUGCCGUGGAGCGCACAGCACAGGUCGCCGCGGUGGGCUGCCCGAGAAGCUGUGCCGCGGCCGUCGCUUGCAGCGCGUUUGGCGCGCGGGCGGGGCGCGGCCUGCGCCCCCGGCUCUGCUCGCGUAAGCUCGCCAGCUCAGCGCGCGCUUGGCGCGUGGACUGGCGGUUUUCGCGAUGACUGCUCCGCCGUUGUGCACUGCUCCUCCUCCUCCUCCUCCUCCUCCUCCUCCUCCUCCUCCUCCUCCUCGUCUCGGUUCUCGUCCGGAUCGUCGCAGUCGUAGUUGGCUUUUUGCUAGGCGCCCGCGCUCGCGGCGACGGGGGCGACGUGGCGGCGGGGUCGACACGACCCGAGCCUGCGGUGAAAAACGUGC